ACCUUUUGAUAGUGAGAGUCGUUGCAACACAGCAGGUCACCUCCUGGCUAUAACCCCGAGCGCAGGCAGGGCAGCGGGCCAGGCUGUGUUCCUCCCACCUCCUCUCCACAGACAGAGAGAAGAGCAGCGCUCUGUGCUCCCACCGGCCAGCCAAGGUUACUCAUCAGUCUGCUGCACUCAGCUGCUUCUCCUCCGCGUUUCCUCCGCCGAAGCUUGUAUGGUAAAAAAUGGAGACCUUAAAUCACAAACUAAAUACCUACUUUGAAACAUGGAUGGGUCCUAGAGAUAAGAGGGUGCAGGGAAUGCUCCUGCUCGACAAUUACCUACCAACCUUUGCACUCACAGUCAUGUACCUCCUGAUCGUGUGGAUGGGGCCCAAGUACAUGAAGAACAGGCAGCCAUAUUCCUGCAGAGGCCUCAUGGUGGUCUACAAUCUGGGAGUCACCUAUUUGUCCCUCUACAUGUGCUAUGAGCUUGCUACAACUGUGUGGCACGGUGGAUACAACUUCUUCUGCCAGAACACCUAUAGUGCACCAGAAGUGGAUAAGAAGGUCAUCGGUGUCCUAUGGUGGUACUACUUCUCCAAGCUCAUCGAGUUCAUGGACACCUUUUUCUUCAUACUGCGGAAAAACAAUCACCAGAUCACAUUUCUCCAUGUCUUCCACCACGCCAGCAUGCUGAACAUCUGGUGGUUCGUCAUGAACUGGAUACCCUGUGGUCACUCAUAUUUUGGGGCCUCCCUGAACAGCUUUGUCCACGUUGUGAUGUAUUCUUACUACGGCCUCUCAGCCAUUCCUGCCCUCCGACCGUACCUCUGGUGGAAGAGGUAUAUCACCCAGAUGCAACUGAUCCAGUUCUGUUUAACCAUGUCACAAACAGCACUGGCAGUGGUAUGGCCAUGUGGCUUCCCAAUGGGAUGGCUAUACUUCCAAAUAAGCUACAUGUUCUCGUUCAUUCUCCUUUUCUCAAAUUUCUAUAUCCAGACUUACAAGAAGCGAAUUGAUUCUCGAAAGAAGGAGCAUCUGAAUGGUUCUUCUGCAUCAACAAACGGACAUGUCAAUGGAACAGCGUCGAUGGAGCACACAGCACCCAGGAAGCUCAGGGUGGAUUGAUACUUGAGAAACCAUCACCAGCUUCUCACUGUAGCCCCUUAGGUUAUGCUGCUACAGUUCUAUGUAUAUUGUUAUCUAGAAUAGACCAGCACUCACUUCAGACGAAAUAAGCCAUAGCCACAGACAGUAUAUGCAGAGACAUUUCCUUUUUCCCUCACAUUAGUAUGGAUAGUUUUGAAUCAGUGAAUUACUAUAGCUUUAAAAGAAUACUGUAGCAUUCCUGAAUCUUACAGUUUGCGUUCCUCAGCUUUUAGAGUCAGUUAAUUGCUAACAAGAAUUUUAGAUAGAGCUACAGUCAGAAUAAAUUAGUGAUGCUUUGCACAACAAAGAUCCAACGAAUGAGCUUGUUGGCAGGUUAAAGUUUUAUAGCACAUCACAACAUCAGUUUAAUGGACAACUGAAAAAUAACGAGUAAAUAUGGUUUUUAUAGUGUAUCUGCAGUGUGAUACAUCUGUGUCUCACUUGAUUUCACUCCUGCCUGCAUUGUUGCGUCAUCCAAAAUGUUAUUCUCAGUCAGGUUGUAUUUAGUUUCAUGUAAAUUAGUUGUAUUUUUGCAGAUGUACUUAUAAAGUAAGGCUCAGUUUGAAACCAUCUUGUCACAACCAAAGUGCAGUGUUGCUGCUCAUAUUAAUAUUCAGAAGAGCUGAGCCCACAAUGUGAAAGGAGGGUUAUUGUGUUUUCAAAAAGCAGAAUAAAAAACCCAGUCCCGCUUUGCAGAAGUUUUACAGAAUAUCAAUUCUCCUUUCACACUGUGUGAACCAGUUCAGUGCUUAGUCAUCUGACAAAUUGUACAGUAUAUUAUGAGAAAUGCAUAAAGCUUAAAAGUUUAUAUUUUGUUGUUUCUGGGAAGCAACAUAAGCUUUCAACAAUACAUGUUUUAACCAAAUAAGCUAAUGUUCAUAGAGUCUGCAACAGUAAAUAUUAGGUUAUAAAAUUGUCAUAUGGUAAAAGUAAGUGCUAAAAUCUCUAAAAUGACUGCAUAGUUUGGUAUCAACACUGCAUUUCAUUUUUAAUGGUGCAUAAAAAAUUAUAUUUCUGCAAAAUGUAAAACAUCAGAGUUAUGUUUAAGUUUUCUUAAGAAAUGAAUAACAACCAGCAGAGAAACAAAUCAAAAAAGGGUAUUUUAGUUUCUAAUUCAUGUCUGUGAAUGGCAUUAGUAUUUGUAUUCGUAACUUUGCUUUCAGCCUGUGGUGUGAUCCACUUGCCCUGCAAUAGACAUGAUUUGCAGCAGACAUUUUGACUUUUGAAUGGCUAAAAAUAGCUAAGUUCCUCUCAGUACUCCAAACCCACCAGCAGCAGCAGCGUCUUGCAAAUGGAAGUCAUGGAAAAAGGUAAUAGAGUUAACCCCCAUUAACUUCUUCUGUUUGGACAAUUCAAGAAGCUUGCUUGGAAGAAAAACCUCUAAAGCUACAGCUUAACAUUGUGAGCACCUGCUGUUCUCAAACAACACAUGUGGCACAUUAUUAUAAAUUUGGAUAUUCAAUAUUUGUCUAGACUCACAUUUCUUACAUUUGAGCCAAAAACUUUCCAAAUUGUUUUUUUUCUCUAUUUUCCCCAAAUCAUGAACCAAUAAAAUGGUGAAGUUGGUUACCAAAUUUAGCAGCGGUAUAAAGGGUUAUUUCACUGCUUUCUUUGACAUCUGGACAAAUGACCUGUUCUGUUUCAAAAUCUGCAAUACUUCGAUUUGUCCAAUCUGGACUGUAUUAUACUACAAUAAAUGCAUAUUGUAAAAGGUACAAUUUUUAAUAUGUAACCUUGAUUUUGUUGGUAAAAAACAGAAGCAACCGAUAAAAGCCAACAUUAGCCAUCCAACACCAGUCAUUGCUGUAGAUGUUAACAUAAUUUUGCCAUUCUCAUAAUAAUAAUAAUAUUGUAGUUUACAUAAAAUUAGAUGUUUAAGGUCAUUCAUAUGUCAUAAAGUCAAAGUUUUAAGCAUCACUAUAAACAGGGUGCCUUAGAUAAAUAAUGUCAAGCUUAAAAUCUUGUACCCAACUCUUAAUUUUUCUUUAAUCAAAUACAUCAUAUGUAUCAUACGUAUCUCACAUAAAAUUUAAAAUCUGAAAUGUUUGUUUUAUUAGAUAUACUCAAGUUGAUUUUGACCGAAAUAAGAGGAUCAGUCAAACUCUCAUAACUGUCGUGCAUAAGAUUGCAGACAACAAGCUUAGCGUAGCAUAUGUGCUGCAGACAGAGUGAUUAAAUCAGGUUACAAACGUUCAAAACUUACCUUAGAACUGAUAUGUUCAGACAGAGCCAGGCUGGAUGUUUCCAGCUAAAACACUCGACCCAGUUAACUGACUGCCGCUUCCUAGCAUACAUGCAGGAGAUGACUCACAGUAAGAUGUUGCCCAAACAAGUAGACCUCCGGUCCUGCUCAGUAGAUCAGAAGUGUGAAAUUUAACAUCAAACAAAAGCCACAUUUCUCAGCACAGCGAACCUGGUCUGCAUGUAACCGCUGAUAAUAAAAAAUGCCACAACUGUAGCUGGUUUUUAAUCUUCAGGUGUAUUUCUAUGUAUUUAUGAGCAGAGUUAGCACUGGUUUUCACCUCAACUGAUAAAGUAGGCAAAAAUGAAUGUAACGACAUAAUAUGUGGAGAAUUUCUUUGUUUAUUUUUAUUUAGUUUUUCUGAAAUCUGGUGUAAAUUUCAGGUGAUGUGUUACUACUGAUGCUUUACUUACUGUGACACAUUAAAAAAACAAACUACAAUUCCGACCAA